GGUGUAAUAGCCGCAAUAUGCAUUCUGAGUGGCUACCUUGCCAAGAUCGGCGGCUACCGCGUCAGAGCUACUGUUGUUGACACUGGGAGAAACGGCUUCAUGGUCAAGUUGGUUCCGUCACUCACUCAGGCUCGAGCUGCUUUUCUUUUCUUCCCUCUGCUACUUUAAGCCGUGUUUUUUCAGUAUACCCUCUAUUUUCCCUGCUGUUCUUUCCGUCGGCCUGCGAUCAAAGAAUCUCCACUCAUGGCAUCGACCGUCGAACUUGCAUCCUCAUUUAUUGAGGGAGCCCCGCCAGGCGAGCUUGCAGAUGUUGUUGCUGACAUUAAAUCGCUUACUUCGGAUGGACCGGAUAUUAUUCCUUCCCUUGCACCGGCAUUUGCGCGCUAUAACGAGGCACAGCUGGCGACCGUGAAGCUGCCUGGAGCGAGUCAGGAGGUCAUCGUCAGCGAAUUUAACAAGCUAGAAGGAAACCGAUACUUCGACGUGGAGAGCCAGACAUCGUUCGAGGUCGACCACGUUACACAAGAAGCGUCCGCAGCGCAAUCAUAUGUCCUGGAAUCACAGAAUGCCGAUUUGAUAAAAUCACUGCUCAAGUCGGUUGCUGCUCAUACUCGCGAACAUUAUCCCGCCUCCUCGUACGGCGUGUAUCCGAUUGAGAAUGACUCCGCCGUGGCUAUUGUGCUGGUUGCGAAUCGCUACUCCCCGAACAAUUUCUGGAACGGACGCUUCCGUUCUCUUUACCAAGUCGCGGUGGGCGACUCGACGACCGUGACCGGCAAGAUCCAAGUGGAUGUGCAUUACUACGAGGAUGGCAACGUUUCUCUCAACACCACCAAGCCCGCUAGUAUCUCUAUCCCUAGCGCCAGUGCGGAGAGCAUCAUUUCCCGCAUCGCAGCUGCAGAGAGGAACUACCAGGAAGAGCUGAACAAGGCGUUCGUGCACAUGGCGGAAGGUACCUUCAAGUCCCUUCGGAGACAGCUCCCUAUUACGCGGCAAAAGGUGGAGUGGGAGAAGGUCGGAGGGUACCGGCUCGGCCAGGAUAUUUCGGGGGGUAAGGGGCGGUGAAGCUCAUGGAGUUGUACAAAGGUUGCUUCGCUGUUGAUAUUGAGAUAAAAAGCUGUGUGUCUGUAGUGUUGUAAAUGAAACUGCUCUGUUCUCGAGCAUGGCUUUUCUGCAUAUAUUGAUCCCCAAUU